AUGGCUAGAGCUUCCCGUUCUGCGAGCGCAAAGCCCGCUGAGAAGAAAGAUGCCAAAGAUGUCAAAGUGAACGGCACCGCCCCACGAAGAGGCGCAAAGAAGGCCGAAGACGCGCCUGUUGCCAAUGGCAUAGCUGAAGAGGUUGAAGAACCUGAAGACGUCGAAAUGGUUGAUGAAGACGCCGAAGAAGUUGAAGCAGCACCGCAAAAGCCUACUGGACGCAGUCGCGCAAAGAAAACCGAGACUCCUGCGCCUGAACCUAAGGCCGCGCCCAAAAAGACAACAAAGCGCAAGAAGGAUGAUGAAAGCGAACCUGAGGUCGAAGACGCGCCUGCGCCCGUUGUGAAAAAGCCAAAGGUCGAACGCGCGAAGGCUGCACCCAAGGCUGCCCCCAAGGCUGCCCCCAAAGCUGCUCCCAAGGCCGCACCCAAAGCCGCGUCGAAGGCCGCAACACCAGAGCCAGAAGCCGAGAAGAUCGACCCGGCUCUGAUCCCAAAUCCCAAGGGUCCGCGCCGAUCUAAGGGUAAGAAGACAGAGAUCAACUCGAUCCGCUACACUGAACCUCUGAAGGUAUUCGUCUUCGGUGAAGGUGCCUCUGGUGAGCUCGGCCUCGGCGCUACAAAGAAGGCCAUUGACGUCAAGCGACCGCGUUACAACGAGACUCUGUCCAACAUGAAUGUCGUCAAGAUUGCUACUGGUGGCAUGCACGUUGUUGCGCUAACGAAAGAUAACCAAAUCUUGACAUGGGGUGUCAACGAUAACGAUGCCCUCGGACGCGACACAUCGAACGCGAACGUCAAGAUGCGCGAUCUUGAUGCGGACGAUUCCGACUCCGACUCCGAAGAUGAGACUGGUGGUUUGAACGAAGCUGAGGCUACACCGGCGCCUGUGCCGGCUGAGUUCUUCCCUGAAGACACCACCUUCGUCGACGUCGCUGCCGGUGAUAGCUGCUCUUUUGCCCUCACUACGGAGGGCGCUGUUUACGGAUGGGGCACAUUCCGAAAGAAUGAAGGCAUCAUGGGCUUCGCAACCGACAACAAGACGGCACCUCGGCCCGUGUACAUUGACAGCAUAAAGAAGGUUACUCAAAUCGUAUGCGGUACCAACCACGUCUACGCACUCGACAAAGACCACCAUGUAUGGGCUUGGGGCAAUGGCCAGCAAAACCAGCUCGGCCGCCGUGUUACUGAGCGCAAUCUCGUCCAAGCUUUGCAGCCGAGCAAGGUUGGUUUCCACGAUACUUCCAUCAAGAAGCACAGCCAACGCAUCACGCACAUCGCAUCCGGCGACUACCACGGUCUUGCAAUCGCAGAUGACGGGCAUGUCUGGGGCUGGGGUGCAAACAACUACUGCGAGACGGGCUACACCGAGAAUGCUGGUGCAGAUGAUGCUAGUGUUCUACAACCCAAAAUUGUACACAGCUUGGAGGGCAAGGGUGUCCAUACUCUGGACGCAGGCUCGCAUCAUAACCUAGCCAUUACCAAGGAUGGACAAGUGCUCGUCUGGGGUCGCUGCGACGGCUCGCAGACCGGUCUCCCUCCUUCCCAGCUCGAUGCAGAGACGGAUGAGAGCAAGGUGUUGAAGAACAACGGCAAGGCCAAGAUUGUUGUACAGCCGACACCCCUUCCCGACCUCAAGAACAUUGUGGCCGGCGCAUGCGGCCCUGAACACUCCAUCGUCAUUGACGAGGCCGGCAAGGCCUACUCAUGGGGUUUCUCGGUUAACUUUCAAACGGGCCAGGGCACUGAUGACGAAAUUGAGGUUCCGACUAUGAUCGACAAUACCGCCGUACGAGAGACGAAGCUAGUAUGGGCUGGUUGCGGUGGUCAAUACAGUAUCCUGGCAAGCAAGAAGGAGUAG